CAAGUUCAGCAGGCGCGUUUCUUUUCAGCCACUGCCCGGAAAGGGAUGGCACUGGCCAGGAAGUUUUGUCUGGAAUCCCCGCAGCCCGGGCAGCGACUCCAGGGUGACUUGCUGGCCAUGCCCACGUCGCCGCGGCUCGGAGGCGGGUGAAGCUCCGGGACGCGCGGCGCGAGCCGGGGAGACGCGCGGUCGCAGCGCCGAGAUGGACCCGGGAGCGCGGCGCGCGCUGCUCGCGCUGCUCCUGCUGCGGACCGUGGCCGCGCUCGGGCGGCCGCCGCGGUCCCAUUCCCUGCGCUACCUCUUCAUGGGCGCCUCGGUGCCGGACCUUGGGCUGCCCCUGUUUGAGGCCUUGGGCUACGUGGACGACCAGCUAUUCGUGUCCUACAGUCACGAGAGUCGCCGUGCAGAGCCCCGCGCCCAGUGGGUCCGGGGCGGGGCCGCCAGCCCACUGUGGCUGCAGCUGAGUCAGAGCCUGAAAGGGUGGGAUCACAUGUUCAUCGUCGACUUCUGGACCAUCAUGGACAAUCACAACCAUAGCAAGGUAACGAAGCUCGGGGUGUUGUCAGAGUCCCACACCCUGCAAGUGAUCCUGGGUUGCGAGGUGCAAGAGGACAACAGCACCAGGGGAUUCUGGAAGUACGGGUACGACGGGCAGAACCAUCUGGAAUUCUGCCCCGAGACGCUGGACUGGAGAGCAGCAGAGCCCAAGGCCCAGGCCACCAAGCUGGAGUGGGAAGUGAACAAGAUUCGGGCCAAACAGAACAGGGCCUACCUCGAGAGGGACUGCCCGGAGCAGCUGCAGCGCUUGCUGGAGCUGGGGAGAGGGGCCCUGGACCGGCAAGUGCCUCCUUUGGUGAAGGUGACCCAUCACGUGGCCUCGGCGGUGAGCACCCUACAGUGUCAGGCUUUGAACUUCUACCCCCGGAACAUCACCAUGAAGUGGCUGAAGGACAGGCAGCCCCUGGAUGCCAAGGACGUUGAGCUGAAAGACGUGCUGCCCAACGGGGAUGGGACCUACCAGGGCUGGGUGGCGCUGGCUGUGCCCCCUGGGGAAGAGCGGAGAUACACCUGCCAGGUGGAGCACCCAGGCCUGGAUCAGCCCCUCACUGCCUCCUGGGAACCCCCGGUGCCUGGCACCCUGCUCACUGGAGUCAUCGGUGGGAUCGCUGUGGGCGUCAUCCUCUUUUUUAUUGGAAUUCUGUUCAGAAUCUUAAGGAAAAGGCAGGCUUCGAGAGGAGCCUUGGGGGACUACGUCUUGGCUGAAUGUACGUGACAGCCUGCAGACCCCUCGUGGGGAGGAGACGUGGAGACUCAAAGAGAAGGGGUACCCCUGUGGCCUUCUUCAUGUUCCAGGGCAGAAUUGGACUGAACGAACAGGAACUGCCCCAGGAACUCUCUGCUUGUGGCCUGCCAUGUUCAUUUUUGAGAAGUUUCUCCCAUUUUGGUUUUUGAGUUCCUGCAUGCCUAUGAGCCCCAGCGCCGGCCUCUGGGCAGAACCAGCUGCCUUGAAUCUCAAGCUGCCUCUAGGGCCUGCCUUCAUUUCUGCAUCACUUCCCACUUCAUAUGCCCAUGUCAUCUCAUCUCCUACCUCUGGAAUAACGCUCCUGAAAUUUGGGAGACUCACGGUUCCUUUCAACAUCUGAGAAAAACGAUGAACUUUCUCCCCGGGACAUAACACUCUCAUGCCCUUACCAGAAUUUUGCACACACAUCCAGGCAUUUCCUAGGCCCAUCUAAUUGCCUUUUGAUCCUCUCUCUCUCUGUUACCCAGUAAUUCACCUGUCACCAAGCCCUGUGGUCUCUUCCACCAGAGGGUGAAGUGGGUCAUUGUACAGCGGUGAAGGCCGUGCACUGUACAACCCAUGGAGGUACCCUCGGAAGAGCCAUUGUGGAUGCCUGUGUUUAUUCAUGAUAGUUUUCCAGAAAGUGGGCAGGAAACGUCUUGAGGAGGGGUAUGUUUUUCUAACUGGCAGCAAGGUGUCACAUAGGUUUCCCCAGAGUCACAAUUUACACGAAUGCGUUCACAGUGCCUCUCUGGCAUGCCAGGCUUGAAGUAACGCAGUCAUUUCCUACUUGGAUUCUGCUAAUGAAAUGAUAAGGAAAGUGAUCCUAAGGAUGAUGAUGGUGAUGAUAAGGUGGCUGACACUUAUAAAAAAAAGCACUUGCUGCCAGACUGAGUUCUGAGCACCUGCUUACAUUAUGAUUCUUACCAUAAUUCUCUGAUAUAAGAACUAUUAUCCUCAUGGGUUUUUUAGGUGAACAAAAUGAAGUAGGGAGUAUCUCACAGCCUUCCAGGGCUAGAGAGGUUUCAGCUCAGUCAGUCUGACUCUGAUCCAUCUCACAUGCCGUGGCAUUAGAUGCUUUAGAUGUGCCAGGAAAUGGGGGGGGGGGCACGGCUCUUCUGUGGCCCCAGUGUCUUCAUUCUCAGCGAGCUUGACCAAAGCGAAGGGAAAACAGCAGAAAAUAACCUCAGCCAUUUCCUUUCGAAGUCUCUGCGGAAAGAAAUCCAGCGUGUGGCCAGCUUACUCUGCUGCCACCCCAGUCGGCUCUGUCUGGCGCGUCUCUCGGGCCCUGGGUCCGGACGGGGAUCGGCGGUGUCCCUCAGUGGAUGUGUUGGACCCCACAGUGUUUUUGUUCUGCCCGUGCCUCCAGAGUCAGAAGCCGGGUGGCAUUUCCCUCCAGGAACCGGAACGACCGUCUGUCGUAUUAAAGAUGGUAAAACAGAUGCCACUGAGUGGCCUGGGGGUACCCUGGCGUGUUCCUGGGGCUCCUGGGAGUCUGGUUCUCUUCCCCAACUGUGCACAUUAAGAAAAGAAACUCAUCAGGAAUUACUCCAUUCUGGGCAAGUAAUUUAUCGGACCAUGUUCAAAAGAAUACUAACACAGACACCCGGAUGGCCGGUGUUUCCUUUCUGUUGCUAUGUAUGUUUGGCCACUUUACUGGCAACAAGGCAUUCUGUCUCCCAUGGCAGGUGCCUCAGAAGACCAAAUAAAGCUCUAUGGUUUGUUUGGUAGUUACUGAAUUUGGGCAAAGAGAUCACGACAAUUUUUUUUUUAACUUUUUUUUCUGGUUACGAAAGUUAGGUGGAUAAAAGUACAUGUAAUUUGUGCUUAUUGUCAAAAAGUUGAAAAUGAGUUUGAAUUGAAUGAAUUGAAUUGAAUGAAUUGAAACUAUCAUUCCAGUAGCUAGUGAUAAACCCUAUGAAUGAUCUGUGUAUUUCCUCUCAGUAUUGCUAUAUUAAAAUAUAUAAAAUCAACAAAUACACUUAAAUAAGCGUACAAUU